CAUUUCUUCUCGCGGUAUCGGUCGCUGGACGGGCAUUGGAUUUUCAAAAGAUGGAAAAAUGGCUGGUUCUGAUAUUAUUACUGGAUGGUUUUAUGACCAAAAACCAUAUUUAACCGAUCGUUUUGCUUUUGCUCAACAACAACCAGCUAUUGACCCUGUUGACAGACAAGAUAUUUUUGAUAUUGGAGGGGCUUUAAUUGAUGAUAUACAGGUGAAUAAACAGAAAAUUAUUUUGGUCCAUUAACAGAAG